AUGCCUCCUACUCGCACCCCCGACACGAUGAACGUGACAAUCAAGCACGGCGGCAAAACAUACCCCGUUGAUGUGGACGUGACGGCCCCGGUGCCGGCGUUCAAGGACUCGAUCUACAAGGUGACCGGCGUGCCAGCUGGUCAUGCUGAAGGGUAUCCUCAAGGUGCGACAACGUGCGGCGGCGGCGAGCUGACAAACAAGGACGAUGCCGAUCUCUCGAAAAUGGGACUGAAGCCUGUUAUCGGUAAUGCUGGACCCCUGCCGGAAGCUCCCAAGGAGCAGAUUGUUUUCGUGGAGGAUAUGGACGACUCGGAACUUGCCAUGGCGACCCGCAGCCCGCCUGGUCUUAUCAACCUCGGCAACACGUGUUAUCUUAACUCGACCCUCCAGGCCCUCAGGACCAUCCCUCAGCUCCAGACGACGCUCGAGAGCGCUACUCCUCCCGCCGGCCCCGAGGGACGGCUGACGACCUCGAUGAAGAACCUCUUCAACGGCAUGAACAGCACGACCGACGCUGUCCCUCCUGCCGGUCUUAUCACCGCUCUCCGAACCCUCGCGCCGCAGUUCGCUGAGCAGGACCACGGACAUUACGCCCAGCAAGAUGCGGACGAGGCGUGGACUGCGCUUAUCUCUGCUCUGCGCGCUUGUCUCCCUGGCUCCACACCCAACGGCUCGUUCAUCGAUGAGUGGAUGGCGAUCCAGCUCACGAAGAAGAUGUCGUGCCCCGAGGCCCCGGAGGAGCCCGCGUCGUUCUCGACCGAGAAGGUGCUCAAGCUGGAAUGCAACAUCACGAUCAAUACCAACUUCCUUAUGUCGGGAAUCCGCGACAGUCUGGAUCAGCAGGUGGAGAAGAACAGCCCGACGCUGAACCGAACUGUGCCGUACAAUGUUGAGUCGCGUAUGUCCCGUUUACCGCAGUACCUGGCCAUCCACAUGGUGCGGUUCUACUGGCGCCGCGACAUCCAGAAGAAGGCCAAGAUUAUGCGCAAGGUCAAGUACCCUCUGCAGCUUGACGUGACGGACAUUAUGACAGAGGAGCUGCGCGAGAAGGUGCUCCCGAUCAACACGGCAGUGAAGAACAUCCUGAAGGUGCGGGACGAUCGCGCCAAGAUUGCCAAGCGCGGUCUCGGCAAGAAGAAGGCUGCGGACGAGGACGAGAAGACCGAGGACCAGAUUCGCGCUGAGGAGCACGCCGAGGUCGAGAAGCUCGUGAAGGAGAGCGGCGUCGAGGCUGACGUCGGCUCAAAUCCGACCGCUAUGUACGAGCUUUGCGACGACAAGGUUUCGAUUGUGCCUGCCUCCAAGAUCCAGUCCAUGGACGGCGGUGGCGAGGACUCGGUUGCUUACAUCCUCCUCUACCGCCGAGCGAUGGCCGAGGACACAGCUGUUGGGCAAAAUGUGGAAUUCAGUGACACGAGCAUGCAGAUUCGAGAGCGGAGAAGGUUAGAGCAGAGUCGACAGUAA